CAGACGAGUCAGAUCUUCAAGCCAGUAGGGGAAGGGAAGAGAAGAGGCUGAGAAAACUUCUCAAAGAGGGGUUGUUUUUUUUAUAAUCCUGAGCAUAUUUUGGGAUCACCUGGAUUUCCACAGGACUGGAUUAUAAUAACUUCACGACUGUUGUAAGAGGGUAUGUCCCGGUGCUUAUGCUAGAGAGACCACUUUACGCUCCAGAGAUUGCCCCGUGAUUAGGAGCGGGUGUAGGAAGCGGGCCUGGGUGUAUAGGAGACAAGCUGGGAGUAUAGCAGGCACAUCGGCUGAGUCCAUUGAGGAGGGAUGGCAGAGAAGAGAAGGUCUCCUUGCACCUUGAGUCUGAAAGCUCACGCGUUUUCGGUGGAGGCUCUCAUCGGGGCUGAGAAGCACCAACAACAGCAGAAAAAGAAGCGCAGGAAACUGGAAGAUGGCCCUGGGGAGAGGGGCUGUACAGAGGGACCGGAUCUGCCCCCCAAACCGCUGCAGCAAUCCGGAGCCAUCGAACUGGAGCACUCUGUGUGCAGCAUACUGGGGUCCUCUCCCACUGAAGAAGGAUAUGGGGCAGUGAAAUCUUCUGGUACUGAUACCUCUUCUCCAAUGUCCUCACCGGUUGUCACAACACCAGUGGCAGCUUCCCCACUGCCCAGAGUAGAUCUACAAGGAGCGGAGCUGUGGAAGCGCUUCCAUGAGAUCGGGACAGAAAUGAUCAUCACCAAGGCCGGGAGACGAAUGUUUCCAGCAAUGAGAGUGAAAAUAUCAGGUUUAGAUCCUCACCAGCAAUAUUAUAUUGCUAUGGAUAUCGUACCAGUCGAUAAUAAGAGAUAUCGUUAUGUCUACCACAGUUCAAAAUGGAUGGUGGCAGGCAAUGCAGAUUCACCUGUGCCUCCACGAGUGUAUAUCCACCCAGACUCGCCAGCUUCAGGAGAGACCUGGAUGAGACAAGUCAUUAGUUUCGACAAACUGAAACUUACUAAUAAUGAGCUGGAUGAUCAAGGACAUAUUAUCCUUCAUUCAAUGCACAAAUACCAACCACGUGUCCAUGUCAUCAGGAAAGACUGUGGUGAUGAACUUUCACCAGUGAAGCCGAUUCCAGCUGGAGAAGGGGAGAAAGCAUUCUCAUUCCCUGAAACCAUAUUUACUACUGUCACAGCUUAUCAGAACCAACAGAUAACAAGGCUGAAGAUUGACAGAAAUCCAUUUGCUAAAGGAUUUAGAGAUUCGGGACGUAACAGGAUGGGCUUGGAAGCCUUGGUGGAGUCAUAUGCGUUUUGGAGACCAUCUUUGAGAACACUUACUUUUGAGGACAUACCUGGUAUCUCUAAGCAAGGAGGCCCUGGAGCUUCUUCUUUAUUCUCGGGUUCUGGAACUUCAGCUACCCAUUCUCACCUGCUACCUGGUUCACCCUGCUCUUCUCCAGCAUUUCAUCUUAAUACAAACACCAGCCAGCUUUGUGGCUUUAAUCCUGGAGAUUACUCAGCCUGUGGUCGAUCCAGCCUUGCACUUAACAGAUAUAGCACAUCACUCGCUGAAACGUACAACAGACUUGCAAACUCAACAAGUGAAACCUUUUGCACUCCAAGGACCCCUGCCUACGUUGGAAUGGCAAGUACUACAUCAGUGAAUAUGUCUAUGACUGGAAACGACAAUGAAGCUUUUGGAUGCCCCCAGUCUAGCCUGUCAAUGCAAAUUUCAGGAAUGUCUCCGCAACUCCAGUACAUUAUGCCUUCUCCAACAAGCAAUGCCUUUGGCAGCAACCAGCACCAUCAAACACAUUACAAUACAUUUAGACUGCACAGUCCAUGCGCUUUGUAUGGAUACAAUUUCUCUACAUCCCCAAAACUGGCUUCUAGUCCUGAAAAAAUUGUCUCCACGCAGGGAAGUUUUUUGGGUUCCUCUCCAAGUGGUACAAUGACUGAUCGUCAGAUUCUCCCUCCUGUGGAAGGUGUACACAUCCUUAACAGUACAGGGCAACAGAAUUACUUUGAGCCUAGGAGUCUGGGGAGUUUAACAUUGUCAUCUACUCAAGUAUCUGCACACAUGGUUUGAUGGAAUAUGUAACACAAGUAUAUUUUACUUUUUUUGAAUAGCCAACUUAAUUUUCUCAUAUCUUAGUUUGUAAAUAUAUUUGAAAACACAAAUGCACUAUGUUGCACCUAACAAUCUGAUACUCAGAUCCAUAAAGAAUGAAAGACGUUUUAAACCA